AUGUACGGCUCCUACGGGUCGUAUAGCUCUAUGAGCGCUAUGUCGGCGCCUCUAGAUAUUCCUUUCAACAACAUUCGAAAUCAAGACUCAACAUGCGCCUUCCCAUCUUGGCCUCGGCGCUCGUCACUAUCAGAAUCUGAGCAUGAGGAGCCGCGCGCCACCUCAUAUCUUUCGGACGAUGACCUCUUUCUUUCCGAUCCUUUUGAUGAUGAUGUGCGAAGUGUGUCCAGCUCCAGCAGUUCAUCGUCUCCAUCGACGGCAGUGAUGAACUCACCACCUCGCAUCUCUGACGAAGAGUUUCUUCGCCUAGAGUGUGAACGAGUUGCUCGACAGAAGGAGUUUCUACGACAGGUCAAGCUGGAAAAGGAGCGCCGCCGACAAGCUGCACUACGUUCCCGAAGAAGCAGUCCCAAGAAGAGCCCCAAGCUGAAGCACGCAUCACUGACGACUAUCACCGAGUCCAGCGAGUGA